CCCGGUGUUGGAGAGGAGAUAACUGAAAAUGCAGAACCACGUGCAGUUCCGUCUGGUCAGACUUCUGCUACAGACAUCUGUGCUGCUAUUCGUCAUCUGGCACCACUGCCGGGCCAUGGACCUUGAGAAGGUCCAUCCGUGCCGAGAGGGCAGCGACGACAUCACGCAAUGUCCCAAAAGUUUCUUCACUCUGAAGCGGGACAACUGCUUGGAGCGGCACUUUUGCUAUCUGCAGGUGAACGAGACUUGCUUUGGCCAGGAGGAGAGCAGGUGUGCGCCAGGACUUACCUGUUCGUGCAACAAGUGCAUGAACUGCAACAUCCACUAUUGCGCCCUGGAACUCUGCACUCUGCACGAGUUUAAGAAGCGCCUGCCGAACCGCUUGCUGCCCUGGUUCAGGCCCCGCUGGCUGGAACUCGCCGCCGACAAGUAAUCCCAAAAUGUUGAAACAACCGCCGCUGAACCCCUGGACCAAUCUCUUUAGUCUCCUCAUAUGUUUAUCAAAGUGUAUUUAACAAUUUGCAGCUGUAAGAAGUUAACAUAUUAAUCGCAAAUAAAUGACAUGAACACAGUCGAAAUUUGGACAAGUAGGCCGAGAAUUUA